GUCAAAGAUUAGCUGGAUUUUUGUUUAUCUGUGAGGUAGGGCAUUUGACAUUUCGGUUGUGAGAAGUGACGUUUUCGGUCAACGUUUUGCAUGGUUAUUGGCCGGUGUAAGCUAAGGUGGAUUAAAGUAAAAUAUUAAAUUAUAAUACAAAAUGAGUUUGGAAAUUGAAUCUAUGGUGCGUUAUGCCUCGCCUAUUAAUCCAGCGGUAUUUCCACAUCUUACUAUGCUUCUGCUGGGCAUAGGCAUAUUCUUUACUGCCUGGUUCUUUGUCUACGAAGUCACAAGUACGAAGGUAUCCAGGCAUCUCUUUAAAGAACUACUAUUAGCUCUCGUAGCCGCGCUGUUCUCUGGUUUUGGAAUAUUGUUUCUCCUGUUGUGGGUGGGCAUUUAUGUGUAAUAGAUAAUAAGACCUAGCAUAUCAUUCCUUAUUAUUGAAACUUGUAUAUUAUAAGAUAAAAUAAAUUUACAUUUCAAAUUG